AUGAAAAAUAGUGUUGAGAGAUCUAAAUGCUCAUUACCUCGAAUAAAGGAUUACUCAAAAGAAAAAGCUGAAAAACUUAAAUCUUUUUUUCGAUCAAAUAGAAGUAUAUCGGAAAAUAAGAUAAUUCAAAGUAAAUUUAAAACAUCUAAAAUGCUGUAAAAUAAUGAAUUUUCUGAUGAUCAGAAUGUUAUGGCAUAUUAUAUGAAGAGCAAUGAAAAAUUGAUUGGAAUGAGAUAAAUGGUAAAUAGUAAUUCUCUAAAAUCUGAUUAAGGAGAAACUAAAAAGAAGUAUUUUCCUUAGGGUUUAUUAAAAGAAAGCUAUUUUCCUAUUAAAUAAAUAAAAACAGAAAUUGAAGUUUAUCAUGUUAAAGAUGAAGAUUUAUAAGGAUUAAAUUAAACAGAAUAAUAGUCAUUUUAAGAGGUAAUUAGCCAAAACGAAGAUGAGGAUCAUGAUAUCUUAAGCGAGGAAAGCAGUGGUGAUGAACCCAAAAGAUUUGAUGGAGUAGAAUUACAAUAAGAAAUCAAAAAAAUUUAGCAUAAAUUACGUAUUUAUAUUAUAUCUAAAAAUAAGAUUAAGAAAUUGAUUAAUCAUAUUUUUAUUUUAUUAAACGACAGGAUAGAUUAAGAGAUUUGGCGAUCAAUUUUAAUAAAAAAAAUGUGGAUCCAAUAAAUUUUUAUUGUCUUAAUGAUAAUAUAUUCCCAAAAAGAAUAGAUCUAUCUAAUUGUUUAAUAAAUAAUAAAGAGAUGCAUUUUUCUGAUCUUGGUUUAACAGAGAAGUAUUUUCCAUUGAUAAAAAAUUUAUUAUAGUCAGUAAAGAGUAGAGCAGUCAAAUAACUGUUUUUAUGUAAUAAUCAAUUAGAUGAUAAAUCCUUAUUGUAUUUAAUUGAAGGAUUUCCUUUGGCAUUAAAGGAAAUUAGUUUAGGAAAUAAUCUAUUAGGUAAAAGAGGAGCAAGUAUUAUAGCAAGUCAUAUAACAAAAUUUUUGAAUUUGAAAUCAUUAAACUUAUAAAAUAAUCUAUUAGGAGAUAAAGGAGCUACUUUAUUAUUGAUUAAUAUUUAAAGAAAUAUGAGUAUCAUAAGAUUAAAUUUGUCAGAAAAUUAAAUUACUGAUUCAUGUUCUACUGUUUUUUAUUAGUUUUUACUGUAGAAUAAUUUUAUUGAAAAUUUAAUUUUAAAUUGGAAUUAAUUAGGUCCAACAAGUGGAACAAUGAUAGCAAAAGGUUUACAAUAAAAUAGAUCAGUAAAAGUGUUAGAUCUUAGUUACAAUCAUUUAGGAUAGAAUGAAAGAAGUAAUUGUAUUGAAUGUUGGUGUGAAACAGUAAAUAAUGCACAAUUUUCAUUAGUUCAUUUAGAUAUCUCAUAUAAUUAAUUGAGUGAAAAAUAGUUAAGGUAAUUUAGUUAAGCUUUAUUAAAAAAUAACAGUUUGUAUGGUUUACAUAUAGAAGGGAAUAAAUGUUCUGCUAAGGUGGAUCCUUAUGGGUUUAUCCAAUUUAUUAAUGAUAGUGAAGAAUUUAAAGUAGUAUAAUAAAAAAAAAAUGUUAUAGAUGGAGUAAACUACAUUCCAAUGUAGGGAGAUAGUUUAUUUGGGAAUGAUUGUUGUUGGAUUUGUUAAGGAUGGAUGGAGUAUCGAUUCCAAUAUAAUCCAGAAAAUGAUAGCAAUCAAGAUCCUAUUUUCAUCCAUCUUGAUUUUUUAGAGUAAUAUUAUAAUUAACUAUUAGUUAUUAGCCAAUUCCAAUGACAAGUAGUUAUGAAUUAAGAUAAUAAUUAAUUGAAGCAUCUAAAAGAAAAAGUAGUUAUUUAGAUUUAACAACUGGUGAAAUUAUACAUUAAUUAAAAUAAUUGGUAAAUUCUGAAAAAAGAAUAACAUUAGCAGCAAUAACAGAAGCAUAUACAGAAGAAACAAGUAAAAAGAGUGAAGAAAUUACUAAAUAAAUGAUUUAAGAAUUAAGUAAGUUUUACUAUACAACAUAUUAAAUGUGUCCUCCAAAAAAAAAAAUAUUAUAUUUUUUUUCCAAUCCUAUUAGAGAAGAAUAUUUUAUUGAUUAAAGAGUAAUGAGUAUGCCUGCUCCUUUAGAUAAUUUGAUACUUUAAGGGAAAGAUCCUAAACACUCUAUUCAUAUAUUCUAAGAUGGAACUAAAUUAGCUUUUAAAAAAAUUUAAUUUGUUAAUUAUGUCUAUUCAAGAUAAGAAUAUAUUAUUGAUGAUAAAGAUAAUUAUAAACCUUUAAUAAAAGUAUUUCCAAGGUCUUCUCAAAAAAAAUAUGUUUUAAGAAGAUUUGCUAAUUUUUUAGUAAGAAAAUAGGCUCAUCUUAUUAAAUGGAAUAAAGAAGAUUCUAUUUUUAGACCAUUUAGUGGAGAUACAGAAGAAUUAUUAAAUGAAUGUUUUGAAUUUGAUUGGAAUAGUAGUAAAAUUAGUAGAUUUGUUAAAAGUGAAUAUGAAAGAUUCAAAUUAAAAGAAUAUUUUAGAUCUCAUUAUUAACUUUUAAAAGAUACAUAUAAAUUUUAUUCUAGUUUAGGUUAUUAAACUCCAAAUUUUGAUGUAUUUUGUAUAUAAAUACCUUAAUAUAUGAAAUUAAUUAACAAAUUAGCUAUAAUCGAUGGUGAUUUAUUAAAAUAAUAAGAUGUCGAAAUAGAUAUAGUUUCAUUAAAAAAUAAUGUUGAUCCAAAAUUUAUUUAUAAUCCUGAAAAAGCUUUAGUUAGAUAUCAGUUUUUAGAAAUGUUCUUUAGAAUUGCUAAUGAUAAAUAUGUUAGAAAUGAUAUACAUAAAAGUUAUGCUGAUUCUCUCUUUCGAUUACUAAAAGAGUUUAAAGAAUAAUAUGAAUAUUUUGAUACAAUUUAAGAAUGGAGAACAUAAAGAUUAUGGACUAGAGAAUGUGAUCAUUUAUUAUAAAUUAAAAUGCCUUUUGUAAAGAAAUUGUAUGAUUAUGUUACUGAUAUUACUAAUAGAAAAUGGUAUUUUAAAUUAAAAUGGAUAUCAAUUAGAGAAUUUAAAGAAUUUUGUAAAUAAUUUAAUCUUAAUGAAUAUUUAUCAGAAAAAUAAUAAGUUAUAAUAUAUAAUUUCUCGAUGAUGACUUAAAUAGAUGAAUUAACAUUAGACAGAAAUAUUAGAAUGACUUUUAUUGAGUUUGUUGAAGCAUUAGGAAGAAUAGCUGAAAGAAUUAGUGCUGCUCCUGUAAAUGAUGCAGCUGAUAAUUAUACUUUAUUAUAAAGAUAAUUAUUACCUUUACAUAUUAAAUUAGAAACACUUCUGACUUAUUUAUAUUAUUAAAUGAAAUAAAAAGACAUAGAGUUUGAGUAAUUUUGUGAUUUAUUUGUAUAUUUCAAGCCAGAUCAAUCCCCAAAAAUUAGUAUGCCUAAAGUUGAUAAAAAUAAGAAACCAGAAAAAGAUCAUGAUUACCAUAAUUUGAUAUCAUCACUUACACUGUAUAAUGCAGUCUCCUAUUUAAGUACAUUAUUCUAUUAGUUAAAGAUUAGAAUAAAUUGCCUUAUUUGAAUCCAAAAUAUAAAUCAUUUUUAAAGCAAAAUAUAAUUCAAAGUGCUCCUAUUCGACCUUUUUAACAUAUAUUUUAAAGUGAUAGAAUAAGAAAACCAAGAAUUCUUCCAGAUCCUUAUAUUUUGGAAUCAAGAUCUAAUAAUCAAUACUAAAAUAAAUAAUAAAGUCCUAAUAUGUAAACAACUUUCUCUUAAAAUGCAUGA